GUGUAAACGCAUGUGCUUUUUUUAUCGUCGAUUCUGCUUACCCUUUUCGUUUUCGUUGUUUGUUGUUGCGCUCGCUCGCUCGCUCCUUCGCUCGUCGGUUAGACUCGCGGUUCGUGCUGCUGUGGGUGCUGCUGCUCCUUUUCGUCGUUGUCAGCGUUACAACAAACCACCGUUUGAUGGCGACGGCUCCUGCGAUAGAUAUCGGGCCAGCGUCACCGUCACCGUUUGACGUGUGCUUCUUCUUCUACUGCUUCCUCCUUCGUUGCUCGCUGUGCGGACCCACAACAAGGGCCUGCUGCGCGAUGGGCUGCUAGAGGAAAACAGCAUCACAGCAUUUGACGUUUGACAAGAGAAAAAGAGAGCUCGCAUGAUGUUUCCCCCCCUGUGAAGUUUGAAGAAAAAACAACCUCCGUCGGCCGGCCACCCGCUUCUUCACCUAAGAGGAACCCCAACCGGGAGGACACCUUUUUUGGGGACUACCCAGCGGAGAAAAAAAAAUCAUACCAAGCUCGCCUCUCUCCGCACUCUUGACCGAAGGAGCGACAACAAACAAUUCCGGCUGCUAUCUAUUUGAUUUUUAUAACUUUAUUAAUUAGUGUUGUUCGCGUCGAACGAUGAUAGAUUGACAAAGUAGCAACUCUCAGCAGACUUCCCAGGAAGCUUUGUACGAGCAACAGCGCCACCACCAUUUGGUGUGUUUAUCGCCAAGCGGAGGAGCUCAGUAGGCGAUGCCGGUAUCCGUCCGAUUGGUGGUCUCCUCUGAACUGCGGCGGCAGCUGUGCUUUUGCGAUCAUCAGUAUAGUAUAGUAGGCCGGUUGUGGUGGUGACCGCGUGUGCAAAAAUCAUCCGUCGUCUUAGCCGGGAACGGAAUCACACCCCGAUACGGUUCUUCGCCCUCUAGGCCGGGUGGUUCGCGUUAAUGAGAGAAACCCCCAUCUCUUCCCGCCCGGUACGUACCGUACCGCACCUCACCACACUGUUGCGUGUUUAUCGACGAAAGGAAGGCAGCGGGUCCCGAACGCGCUGAGAAUCAAUCCGCGACGGGUUCCGGACGCGCGAUAGGAAAUGUGUGAUAUGGCGUGAUGCCUCCUCAGUGAUACGGACCGGCCUCGAAUAUAGGCGAUACUUUCUUUAUAGGUUACCGACAAUCAAUUAGCCAGUCAAGGAAGUGUUUGUCGAUGUGUAAAGAUUAUCUUACCGUCGUCGUAGUUGCCGUUGUUGUUGUUGUGUUUUUUUUUUGGUUUCGGUUCAGUGUACGCGCCCACAGCCGGGAAAAAUAUACCAGGAGAAAAAUUGUGUUUUCCAUCGCUGACAAGUUGGGACAGUGCGGGUGCGAUCAUUUUUAUGCUUCGACGAAAGAGUUGGUGACAAACGUGUUUUGAUUAGCGCGAAUUAAUUCGUGGCAAAAAUUAAAAGAAGAGAUACACAAAAAAAACAUCUUGAAUCUGUUUACUGUAGCAUUAGCAAGGCAGUGUGCUGUGAGAAAGGAAACGGAGGGAAGUUCGGAUUUGCCGUCGGCAUUUUCGCCAGCUUGAAGAAGGUGGUUACUUGGAUCGUUGAAUAGAGUUGCCCAUUGAAGGCUUGUAGUUGUAAUUGACAUUUGUGACAGUUUUGAAUUUCGGAUAAAAACAAAGAAUGUUGUCAUGUUUGAUAACAGCGAUAGUGAAAUUCGAGAUAAACCUUAUGGUAAAAUUUGGCUAAGCAGUGAAGCCCAAUGGCAUCACUCCGUACAAUUGCCAGGCGUUUCCUCUGGUCAACCCACACAGCCCUUGCUUCCACCUGGAAUGAUGCCAGGCGGAUUGGGUAUGCCACAGCUGAAUCCUACGUCGCCUACUGCGUCGAUUCCGCAGCACGCGAUUCCGAACAGCCUGCUGACCUUCCGGGAAAUUAUGCUUCAAAAUCCCAGUCUUGGGCUGCUGAACGAGAGUAAUUUACUGCUCAAAAGAAGCAUGCUGGAAAGUAUGUCGACCUACCCCCUAGGAGCGAACACGAUGGGUUUGCCGCAGACCACGAGUCCGCCAAUUUCCACAUCAUCUCCUUCGUCCAACCUCGGGCCACUGAUGCAUUCGAUCAAGAAGGAAAAGGAUGAAUUCGACGGCGGCGAGAUAAACCUACACGAACAAAGUGCAAGACAGAAUCAGACCGCUCGAUCACUGCCACCUCAUUUCACACAUCAUUCGAUUCAUCAUCAUCACCAUCAUCAUCCUCUUCCUCCUCACCAUCAUCAGCAUCAUGAGAAUCACAACCAGCAGCAUCUUCAUCCCCAUCACCAUCAACCUCCUCACUUACCACUUGCCCUGCAUCAUCAUCAUCAUCAUCGCUCCUCGCCUACCACGAUGCUGCCACUGCCUGCCACCAGUAGCCCAUCAGCAUCAGCAAUGGCGGCAGUAGCAACAGUGUCAUCCCACCAGCAACAACAUCAAAGACAUCAAAGAGACUCCGAAGAACGUGAAUUGAAUUUCUAUGCAUUGCCGCCACCACCGCCGCCGUCAUCAUCACAGCAAGCGAUGCAUUCUCAAGUGUCAUCAGUGGUAACGACGACGGUUGCAACGAAUACUACCAAUAACACCAGCAAUAACAGCGGUAGUUUUCAUCAGUUCAAAAUCGAACAACCCGAUGAACUUGAGACCCAUUCGAAUGCGCUCCACCAGCAACAUCUCCACCACCACCACCAACAGCAGCAGCACCACCACCAUCAUCAAUCACAGUUCGGUCAGCUUCCAACCCAUCAUCAUUACCGUCAGCAGCCGAUGUCACCGGAUCGAACGUCCAUCCAGGAUGGCAGCGGUGGCGGAAGCAACAACAGCAAAAACAACAACAACAACACCGACGAUGAUGAUGAUCCACCUAUCAAUGAUGACGGCGAGGACGACGACGACGAGGACGAUGAUAACAACAGAGUGGAAGAUGAAGAAGAAACCGGUGCUGGCACGAGUGGCCAAGGUAACGACUUGGAUCAGCCGGUCGAUGAUGUGGAGUUUGACGUAAAGCCGACGGCUGCAGCAGGCGGCCGACAAUCGCCACCCGACAGCAGCCGGAAGGUUGGUUUGCUUAACCUGAGCCGGCGCAAGUCUUCAUCACCUGACAUUAGCCGCCUGUCGAAAUCGCCGUCCCCGCCUCCAUCGCAUGAUGAUGUCUACAGUGAUCGAGACGAUGGGAGUGAUCGCGAGCAAGCUAUCAGCCCGCUUCCGACGGAACGAUCAGAACGCGUUACUCCUCUAAACCUGAUUACUGACGCCUCACGGAGAACUCCUUCCCCGACGCAGCCGCAAACACCUGGCAGCGUUGGGCCCAGCAGCAACAGUAUCGGCGUUGCUUUGGCGGCCCUUCAAAAUCAACUCCCGCUUGGAUCUCUGUACCUGCAAAACCAACUGGGACUGGGAACUCUCGGGGGGUUGUCCAGCCAGGAGCUGAAUGUGCUCCAGCAAGCAUUACAGGCACAGCAGGCCUCGUUUCAGCAGCAACUGCAAAACUACAUGCUCCUGCAGGCUCAGAACACUGCCGGAGGAACUGGAAACGCCGCCGCCCAGGCUACAGCCCACGCGGCUGCUCAAUUUCUGAUGCAAAAUCAGUUAAAUUCAAGCUUCCCCCUUCCGUCACCGUCCAUUGCUAACAACUCAUGUGUCGUUACUAGUGUAAACACUAACAACUCGCAACCUCCCGCUAUCACUACCAGUUCUACUAACACUUCUACUACUAACCUUAUACUAUCGCACGACGGAUCCCGAUCGCUGCAGGUCCAACAGGCGGUCGCCCAGCUGCAGGCUCUUCAACAAAAGCAACAGCAGUUGAAAACGAGCUCCACUCCAACUCCAACUAACCUGUCCGGCAGCUCGCCCUUGCAUAGCCCCGCCGGUAGUCCCGGCCUACACCAUCAUCAUCAUUCUUCGUCGCACACCAGUCUACUCGGAUCAAGCCAGACCACGCCUCCGAAUAGCAACCAGCUCAAUGUGGGCGGUAUUCUGACUCCUUCGACGCCUGGUUCAGGCACACUGUCCACACCGCAGAUGCAGAAACAUCACGUGGCCGCUCCACGUGCCCUGGAACCUUCACCCGAGGAAACCACAGACCUGGAAGAGCUAGAGCAAUUCGCGAAAACCUUCAAGCAGCGUCGAAUAAAGCUCGGUUUCACCCAGGGCGACGUCGGGCUGGCGAUGGGCAAACUGUACGGCAAUGAUUUCUCCCAGACGACGAUCUCCCGCUUCGAGGCGCUCAACCUAAGCUUCAAGAACAUGUGCAAGCUGAAACCACUACUCCAGAAGUGGCUCGAGGAUGCUGACAGCAGUAUCUCCAACCCGGGCGGGCGAAUGUUCAGUCCAAGCACACUGACCAACACGACCACCACCCCGGAGAUUGUCGGCCGGCGACGCAAGAAGCGCACCUCGAUCGAAACAUCCGUCCGGGUGGCACUGGAGAAGGCCUUCCUCGUCAACAGCAAACCGACCAGCGAGGAGAUCACCAACCUCGCCGAUAACCUCUGCAUGGAGAAGGAAGUCGUGCGAGUAUGGUUCUGCAAUCGGCGCCAAAAGGAGAAGCGGAUAAAUCCCCCGAACGGAAUGGAAAGUCCGACCCACUCAUCCGGUAGUAGCGAAAUGUUCCAGCUGCCCGCGAUGUCCGGCUCGUCGUCGACUUCUACGCCGGUCGGUUCAGCCGCCGGUGGAAGUCUAGCAAAUCCUCACUAUCUGGCCCUAGCCACCGGUAGCAAUCACUCCGCCGGACCGGUGAUCAAACAAGAAUGACUAAGAAACGGGAUCGGUUCCAGCGGGCCGGUACUGUCCUUCGAUGACGAACCUCCCGGUGGCUGCCCCCCGUUUCUGAUGUGAAUCCAGUGGCACGCAGAGACGACUUCCGUCCCUUGAUCUCCCACACAGUCCCUGUUUGCUCUCCGAGCACAUAUCAAAUGACAAUUCCCGGAGAGUCAACUUCUGAGAAGUUGAACCCUUACUUCACCUGAGCCCAUAGACCCGACACUCCACGCAAUACAUUCUUAAUUUAUUUUUCCUUCAAAAACAUCAAUGUGUUCCGUAAAACUAGCAGCAAGCAAGCAAAUCAAGCGACGUCGGAAGAGAUAAACUUUAAUUAAAUUAAUAACCUAAUAGGUGUCGUACACGUUGUUGGCGUCGUCGUCCUGAUCGUCGUGUCGUGUGUGAAAUAAACAGCGCAAAAAGAAGCAAAAUAUCAUUCCAAAAGAAGCUUUAAGCAUUAUGAUAAUUUCUGAUUUCCCGCCCCCCCUCUCACGAGGAAAGACGAACUUCCUUGCCUAAGAUGAAGACACGCGAGUGCUCUUUUGAAAGUUUUCUCCUUUCAUUCCACCGUUGUCUACGAAACUUUCAAACGACCAUCGUUUCUUGCUUCAACUUCAGGCAACGAAAUCGACUUUCCACGAACAGAAACUGUGUACAUAAAUUGUAAUCUGUGACCGUAAACUAAAUGUAAAACAUUUGUUGUAGCUAUUUUCUCCCUUUGCCCUGUGGUAGUAUUUUCAACAUUCCCUCAACCCAACACGACCUGAUCGAACUUUUGUGCAAUUUGCAUACCGGUGUUCUUCUUCGGACAACAUUGUGCUGAAUAGGAAGUUAGUAGUUUUAGUUUUAACGAAAGAUUUAGUUCAAUCACGAAGCACGUUUUUUUCUCGAUUUACUUUGGCAUGUUCACCCACUAACAUUUACAAGCACAUGCACAUCACAUACAUUCAAACGAAAAGAAAAUCAACAAAAGUUAGGUAACGAAGAUGUAUACUAAAAAAACACUAUUGUACUACUUUAGAUGAGAAAUGUAAAAUCAAGCAGUAAGCAAAAUCACAUUUAGACGAACGAAACAAACCAAUGUGUAGUGAAAUAUAACACUCCUAUCUUUUUCCGGAGAUAAAUAGGUGAUCAAAAAAAAAUCACAUUCUGUAAAAAAAAAACGAAAUUUAAAGUAAGACUUAAUCAUAUAUCCAAAGACACUGAACAACCCUACUAGUAUUUCUUUAAGGAAAGAGUACUCUAAUGUUCGCAAAAUUGUUAAAAAAAAGACAUACGAAAUCUAAGGUAACUGAGAGAGGCUUGGUAAUCACUGCAGACCCUUGCUUCUCUUCACUUUUCUCACAUCAAUCCUGGUAAAGUAAAAUAAAACUACAACAACAAAAAAACAAUAGAAGCCAUCAGAACCCUACAACACGGACAAACGUGAGCGGAGAGGUGUUACGCUCCUCAGCACUUGAAGCUCCCCCAGUCUUCCAGCCAAUAGUAGCGAGACAUCCGUAAAGAGGAAAAAAUAGUAAACUCACACGUACACACAUACAACAAGACACAGAACAAUUACAUUGAUUACUGAUUAUUCACUAUCGAUAGUGUAGGCUAUAGUAGAGUUCAGAACGGAUCGAAGUUCCUAUUUAAAAAAUGAGCAACCGCUGCGGCACCAUCAGUGGUAGCGCGCCGCCGCGGUAAAUUGUUAGUUUACUCAGUUUGUUUUUUGUUUUCUCUCACUUUCUCUCUCUCUUUGAUUGGAAAACAAUCAACCAGCGCUAAGAAAGAAGCAGUAAGAAAAAAAAGAAACAAUUUUCUGUCUACGCAAAUAUUAUAUUUUUGUAUUGUGUAUGAUUCGCGCGAUAUUAUAAACUAAAUCAAUUCAGUGGUGUACAUAAGUGACGAAAAAUGGGAAAACAAACAGAACAGAAAUCAGCUAUAAAUAAACAAAAAACCUAGAUGAAUAUGAGUAAUAAAUAUUGAUUUACAAUUGAAA